UUGUAGCGGUAUCGUCUGUGUGUAGAUAGGAAAUGGGUGUUAUGAUUCCGAGGAACCCAAACCCAAACCCAAACCCAAAAUCUCUUCACAGCUACAAGAAUCGCAUCGUCGUCGAAUCUUGGGUCCGCUAGGUUUGCCAAACAUCUCUUUUCUUUCUGAAAAAUCAGCCUUUUCGAUUUCAGAAUCAGAAAAGUUUUGCAGUGAAGGGAUUGAUUUCAAAUGGGUGUUGCUUGAAUUUCUGAUAUCUGUCCUCAGCUUGGUCUGAUGUGUUGUUGUUGUUUCUGAUAUGAGUCUGAUUCUUUGGAGGUUGAAGGAGCAGUGUAUUUGGGGCUCUGGCUAGCAUUUUAUGUUUCUAGCGUUGGGGCUCUGAUUCAUUUGUUGCUUUUUAAUAUGUCUUUUUGGUUGACAAUUUGUGUCUGGGUUUGAGGGUUUUGCAAUUGAUUAUUAUUGCUCUAAAGAAAUAGAUUGUACUUGGUUCUUGAAUUGAGGGAUCAUAUCUUGAUCGUUAACUAGUGGAGAUAGUUUGUUUUCAUUUGAUUAUUGCUCUAAAGAAAUAGUUGUAUCUUGGCUGUGAAUUAGCAGGAAUUGUUUGUUUUUAUUUGAUUAUUGCCUCACAGAAUUAGAGGGUUUUGCAAUUGAUUAUUGCCCUAAAGAAAUAGUGUUAUUGGUUCUUGAGUUGAGGCAUUGUAUCUUGGUUGUGAAUCAGGGGGGAUUGUUUGUUUUCAUUUGAUUAUUAUUGCCUCACAGAAUUGGAGGGCUUUUGGUUCUAGGAUUUCAGCAUUGUUUGGAUUCAUGGAAAUUUUUGUCUUUGGGUUUUUCAUGCUGAGAAUUGAAACAAAAAGGAAAGUUUGUAUUGUUGAAUUUGGGUAGUGUUCUUGCUGGGAAAGGUAGAGAAGACAUGGAUUUAUGGAUUGCUGUUGCAGCUGCUGGUGCCGGCUAUGUAACCAAGUGUUGGAAGAAGAAUCGUUCGAUGGAUAGGGAAAGGUCAUCAGAGUUUUCUUCUGGGGAUUCCAAGUUUGUGAAACCUGAAUCACCACCUUCCAUGGGCCACCUUUGUGACAAGAGCUGUUCUUUCCAAAGAUUGGCACCAAGAAAAAUACUAGGUGAAGAUGUUUUUACAGAAACGGAACAAGCUGCACAUGGUGCUUCUGCACCAGAGAUGGCUUUGACUAGUGGGUUUGACUGUGAAAAACUGGUUCAUUCAGAUAAUCACAAGGAUUGCAAUGUACUUUCUAUAUCAAGUUUGUGUCCUCCUGUGUACUUGCAGAAUGAACACCUUCAAGUAGUUACAGAAGGAUUGACAGUAAAGGGCAAUGUGGGAGAGAAUGUUGGCGAUUUAUUUCGUGAACCUUCUAUGAAAGAAAUGGGCAUUGCUUAUGGUCUUGCAAAGAAACGAAGAUCUCUUAGUAGUAGACAAUCCAAUAGGCAAUUCGUUAAGCCUCUGACUUCCCUAGAAAGUUGCCUAAUGGCUCAAUUAUAUAAGGAACAUGCUCGAAUGGAAGAGUAUGUGCUUAAUUCUGUUCCCUUACUAUCUUCACCAACAGUGAAACCAUUCUUUGUGACAGAUGGAAAGAAAAUAAUCCACAAAGGAGGGGACAAUUCUUUCAAUUUGCAAAUUGAAACUGAGAAAAAUAAGCCGCAUAAGGAAAUAUGUUUAGCAGAGCAUGAGACUGUAUUUGGGGUUCCUCCACUGCCACAUGUUGGGUCUUUGGAGCUCCCAAAUGUGAAACUUAAAAAAGGAAAGGAGCUGGGUGGUAAAUUGAGCAGUUCUAGUAAAAUGGUCAAUGGAAAAAGCCUCCACUCACUAGCAGGAUCAUCCCAUGGGGCAUUUCUUUUUGGUCUUGGAUUAUCUGUAGGCGUGUUAUCUUCUUUAUUAGCAAAUAAAAGGGAGGUAGAAAAAUUGAAUGACUUGUUGAAGCAGACUGAAAACUUGGUUCAAGAUCUACAAGAUGAACUUGAGAUGAAAGAUUCGUUAACCGUGAAAGAGCUUGCCAUUGAGGAUUAUGAAUCACAAGAUGCAUAUUGCCGUUCUUAUAACAAAAGGGCACCACAUUCAUUUUCAUCUGAACAGAAUUUGAAUGGUUCAACAAAAUCUGACAGUAAAGAAUUGCCUGAUCAGAAAGCAGAGGAGGAUUCUGAAUCUAUGAGUAAAAUUGAAGCAGAGCUUGAAGCUGAACUGGAAAGGUUGGAACUAAACAUGAAUUCAUCAAGUUUGGAGGGAAGAUUGUCUGAUCUAGUUGAGCUUGACCCGGACUUUGUACCAGACAUCACUCAGGGCGAAUUGAGAUCUGACAUAUUUGCAAGCCAAGCCGGUGCCCAACCUUAUGCAGACCAAGAUGGAAGUGGGACCUCCACCCCUCACUCUGCUAACUAUGCGGUCUCUCCCCGACAGCUAACCUUGUGUCUGCAUGAAGUCAUUCAGUCCAGACUAGAAGACCGUGUCAAGGAGCUCGAGACAGCACUUGAAAACAGCCAGAGGAAGGUUCACUUCAUGGAAUCAGAGCGUAAGAUUUUUUGUAGGGAUUUUUUGGACAGUGAAUUUAGAUCCUCCUCUUACCGGGGAAGUCCAAUUGUGAUGGAAGAACUAAAUGCCAUAGACCAAUCUGUGGUUAUUGAUCUAUCAAGGGAGGCUUUAUACUCUUAUAAUGAGGCACAUGAUGAAUUCAUGAAGAUAAAUGAGUUGGAGGAAGGUGAUUUGACAUCAGAAGGUCAGAAAAACCAUCAAAAAGCCCUGCCAGUGUUUGAUCAAAAUGGUAAAGCAUCACCGGCACUAAAUAAUCGCGAGGUAAGGACGUUGGAUGAGCACGUUUCAUCUGGGAAUGGUGGUUUUAGCAGAGAUGAAAGUGAAAAUGGCCAUGAUGAGACAGAAAAAUUAUUGAUAAAGAAGAUUGUGGAGAAAACCAGGAAAGGUUCUUCUGUAAUUCUAAGUGCUGAAAAGCGAUUGUUUUCUGAGGAUGAAUAAGAACAUUGAACAGAACAAGAGAAGAUUUUGCAGCAUAUAUAUAGAGAGGUAAAACAAUUUUUCAUUAAUGGCAGCCACAAAUUCUUCUUUCUUUCCCUUUUUUCUUCUUGAAAGUUUUCCUCCUCGAGAAAAUAUUGAACUCACAAAAGGAAUAGCCAGAAAGAAGUUGAAAUUUUGAGUGAAAAGUAUAGAAUGCCCUGUAUUUUUGUUUCUUGUUCUUUCUUUUGCUUUUGUAUUUGCCCUUUUGAUCAAUUGGAUUUCAUGUGUUUCACAUUAAUUGACAUCUUUACUCUCA